AUAAUAUUAGUCCACAAAAUAUUAUUCUUUUCUUCUUUUUUUUUAAAUUCUAUUAAUAUAAUCAAUCAUAUUAAAACUAUUCUCAAUUGCUAGCAGAUGGCGUUUUUCUUACGAUAGCCAUCUGUCAAAAAUAACUUUAUAUUUUUACUUGCGAGUACAAAGUACAAAGAAGAUGCACUAAUUUAUAAAUUCAAAAGAUCUAUUGUAUAUACAUUUAUAUAUAAAUAUAUGUAUUUAUAUAAUAUCGAAUAUAUCAAUAAUGUUAAAAUUUCGUAUUAUAUAUUCUCAUAGAUUUUUAUUCAAUUUUUGAUUAUUUUCGUUGAUAAAUAUAGUGUAUUCAUGUAAAAAGUUUUUAUCAAGAUUUGGUAUAUUGUUAUUUAAUCCAAGUAUAAUUGUAAAUAAAAUAAUGGCAUUUUCAUUUCAUAUCGGCACUAAGUGGUAUCACAAUUUUCCAAAACUUGCCAAAGAAUCAGGCUUUCAUUUCAAUAGACAUAAAUCUAGAAUUCAUAUAGAUUGGAAUCACAUAGAUUCUAUUGACAUAGACAGGGUGAUAAUUGAAAGAGACUUUAUAACUGUAGAUGAAAAUAUUAAUAAUGUAAUAAAUUAUAAUUUGAAAAAUGAAUACGAUUUAAAAAUAUUAGAUUCAAACUUUGUAAAAGUUUUUCGUCUUGCACAAUUAGCAGUCGAAUAUUUGCUUUAUUGUAAACAGUAUUUAGAUCAAAGUGUAAUAAUAUUAAAGGACGAAUUGAAAUUAAAAAUUGAAGACAAUCAUAAACUUAGAAAAGAAAUUACGGCAUUGGAAGAAAUAAUAAAGAAUUUAAAAGAUAAAGCUAAAGAAAGGAAUAGAAUGAUUGAAACAAAAAUUGGAGAUUCUAAUGGUGAAAUACAUAAAUGUCCACAUUGUCCAAAAUCAUUUAUUUCUAUUACAUUUGUUAAAGCUCAUAUAGCUCGCCGUCAUCCGUAUACGACUGAUUUAUCUACAGAAAUAUCACCUUUACAUGAUCAUUAUAAAAUUGAAACUGAAAAAAUUACAUAAUGAGAUAAAAUUGUUAAAGGAAAGACUUAAUCAAGCUGAGAAAGUUAUAAAAAAUGAAUCUGAUAAAAUAUCAAAUGGUGUUAAAAUAGACAAUAAGGAUAAAGAAAAUGAAAGCGAAAACGAUGGUAUUAGAUAUAAUGUAAAUAAAUAUGAAUUAAUUGAAAGACAACAAAUAAAAAAUAAUGAAGAAAUUAAUGAUUUAAAAAGUUUACUUUUUAGCUGAAAUCAAUGUUGAAUUUGAGGCAUAAAAAUGAGAGUCCUUAUAAAGUACAUGAUAAUGUGCCUGAGAUUAAUGUUAAGUUAUUAAUAAGUCAACAGAAAGAGAAAUAGAGAGAUUAAGAAAUCAACUUCUUGAAAAGCUUACUCCUGAUAUAGAAAAAAUGCAUGAUAAACUUAGAAUGCAAGAGGAUCAUUGGAAAUCCAAAAUACAGCAAAUGGAACAUCAGCAUCGUAUAGAUAUAGAAAAAAUAACUUCAGAAUUAAAAUUGACACAACAGGCAGCUGAAUUUAUAAAAACUGAAUAUGAAUUUAAAGUUAAUGCCCUAGAAAAACAAUCUAAAGAUCAAUCAAGUAUUUUAAUAGAACAAAGUAAACAGCUAAGUUCAUUGUCUCAUGGUUUACAAAAUUCACAAAUACAAACGGAUUUAAAUAAAUAUUUAAUAAUAUAAAGACAAAAAAAUAUUAUCACACCAGUGAUAAAAGAUGAUAAAAGCACACAUUUUCAAAAUACGAAAAUUGCCGAAAAUGGGAUGGAGACCAAAAUUCGUAUUGAAAAUACCGAUAGUAUGUUAAAACAGAAGUCCAGAGACGAAUCAGUAUUGUUAGUACCAAAAAUUUCACAAAAUUACAAUGAAACUAAACAUCCUGAUAAAGUAUUAAAUAGUAUUGAUUAUAAUGCACAAGAAAAGAUUAAAAAAGCAAUUUAAAUCUACGGAUAAAACUUCUAAAAAAAUUUGAAAGCUUUGAUGUAGUUAAGGUAUCUGAAAUAAAAAAUGAAAAUCAGAUAAAUCAUAAAUCAAA